CGUUGCCUUCUCUCGGAAGCUGGUAAUUACACAUAAUUUUCAUUUUUCUCGGAUUACUCCUUCACUGCCCCGGUGUUAAAUUGAGGCUGUGAUGAAUGGGGAAACUUAUAUAACCAGCGUGCGCCGUUUAGAUUCUCAGCUCAUCUUCUGCUCCUCUCCGGUUCUUUCUUAUACUCUUUUGCAAUAAACCCAUUCGUUUCUCCCUCUCCUUCCUUCUCUCUCUUUUCUUUUUUGCUAGUUGGUUGUGCGGUUGUGACUACUUCCCUCCCCCCUUCUCUUUCUGCCUUCUCCAUAGCCUUGUGCCUCUCUUCGUCAUAUUGCUUAUUCUGCUCCGCAAUUGAUUCUCCCACUUUGCUUACUUCUCUGGCUCUCAUAACCUCUUUCCAUCCGGGUUGGACUGUCCCAGUACUUCUUCCCAGCGGCCAUCCUUCCUCUAAGGCCUCCCACAAUGGCAGCAAACCCGAACGGAGGCAGUACCUCCCUCCAGGUUCCUGAUUUUCCAGGCUACGGUGGAAGUCGCCGAGGGAGUGAUAGCGCAUUUACCCUUGCAUCCGACUUUAUUUUCAGUACAGGAGAUCCUCUUGCGGAGUUUUCGCAACCUACAUCCUUGCCUUCAUCUCAGACCUACUCGCCGUCCUCACAAUUAGAUCACCUUAGCUACGAACUCCAGUUCUUCGACGCAAGAUUCAAUGAUUUUUCGCUCCAAUAUACCACGGACCAGUUGCAUCGCGUAAGAGGUCUUCUCCAAACCUGUUUGACCAGAGUCGAAGCCACCAUCGGAUCGUACGCCAUACCCCGGAAUUCGGCUCUCAUGCCGCCUGCCUCUACCAGUAUAUCCAGCCAGCAUGACCGAUAUCGUUGCUUGCUAUGCCCCGAAGAGAAACAGUGGGUAUACAAAAGUAUAGGGACCUUCAAGCGCCAUGUGGAACACAAGCAUUGUCCUAGAUAUCAAUAUCGCUGCCAUGUACCUGGUUGUGCAGUCAUAUUGUACCGAAAGGACAAGAUGAGGCUGCAUCGGUUGAGAUCAACAGGUCACAUAAUGUCAGCAACGCUCUCCUCCGGCAUGACAGGACCCUUAAAAGUACAAAUGCCGACUCCAAGGGCGUGCUGGCGUUGCCCAAAAACAGUAAGCUCUUGGAAAGAAUGGUUUGAGUGCAUAGCCAGUCAUUGUCGCAUACCUUCCACGGUGAGCGAUCCCUUGAGCAGGAGAAGCAGUCGUGACCAUGGUAACAACGACGGCAACAACGGUGGCUCGGGCGGGGGAGAUGGAAAAAUUUUCGACAAAGCAUUUCAAGAUCAUUUUACUGGCGGAAUGGGAGCGCAGUUUUCGUCUUUUCCCGGUACUGGCUCUUCAGGCACCGGUUGCAACUUUCGCUGUGCUGCAGGGGCCCAUGACGCUAGCGGAGAGGAGACAUCUGAGGAUGGCACAAGCUCGGAUGGGUCAUCAUCGGCAAGCUCUGACGCAGAAAGUCCGUUUUUCUCCUUUGAAGAAUCAGAGCCGCGAUCUCCAGGUUCCGGCUUGCUUCAUACCGGAGACCUACCGUCGAUCGACCCUCGUUCUCGACCAAGCAAUAUACACCCUCAUGUCUCCGAAACGAAGAGACCAUCCCGAGCGGAAACGAGAUUCACGGAGGGCAUUCCUCCCGACCAAUUCCAUUCCGAACAAGCACUUGCCCACAAGUCCGGGGAUACUUGCCCACAAGCUAAAGCCUCAGCCUCGACACAUCUCGCCAAGAAAGAACGGCGUCCUAAGUUGCGAGAGAAAGCAAACAUUGUCAGGCAAUUACUUGUGCUUCAGUCCGCUGCUGCUGCACGCUCUCGACGGAUGACCGAAGUCACCGAAGACGUCGACAUAUCCGUUUCGGAUCCGAAACCGAAUCUCACUUGGCUACCAAAACCUGCUGCUGACCUUAUCGUCCUCGAACCUCAGUGGCUCUGGAAGCAACUUAUUGAGCCCUUUCUAGCUGAAUGCGAGACUAGCGAAAAGUCAUCUCCAUUCUGGCUUGCUGCUUCCCGCUUUUUGGAAUAAAUUGUGAUUCAUGAGUGAUGUUGAUGAUAUUAUUAGGGUUAUUUUAUAUGUCUUGUAACGAAUAACGAUGUGCUGCUUUCUUUCGGAAAUACCUCUUGUUUAUAACGAUCAUGUUUGCUAUGCUUUUUAUAUUGUUUUUUUGGUUAUGUUUUUGAUUCCAUAUCAUGACAUAUAAUGCUGUUCAUGUUGGGGUUGAUAUUAUGGGUGCAAAUGUCUAUGUAUGGCUGUGGAUGCAUUAAUGGGGUUUUUUGUGGGGCCUUUGAAUUUUUCUUGUUCGGCUUUUAUUAACUAUUCUUUGGGUAUUAUAGUAACAUUACUACUACUAUAGAACAUACCAUUGUUUACAAGACUGCAAUCAAUAAUCUAUAAGUAUUUGU